AUGGGUAACUACAGGUUCAAACUAUCUGAUAUGAUCCCCAAUGCCUGGUUUUACAAACUCAAGGACAUGGGAAAAGCAAGAAGGCAAACCCCAACUCAGUCCAGGAAGAAAAAACAAACUUCACCAGCCUCAACCACACAACCAUCAAAACCAAAGCAACCCCACCAAUUCAAUCCCAGAAAGUCUUACUACUUCACAAGGGAGCUUAACCCAAGUGAUAGAAUCUACACCUCACCAACAAAUAACCCAAAUGCCAAAUACAAUAUUUCCCCUGAAGCUCCCAGAAAAUCCUCCAAACAAAGACUCAAGAGAAGAACUGCAAGGACUUCUUCACCUAAGCUUGCUGUUGUCCCUGAUAAUAACAACUCCCCGUCACCACAUGAUAGCUCUGCUGAAUCAGAGUACCCUGACCCAGAAUUCAGAACAGACCGUGUUCUUGCCACUGAAUCAUUAGAUGAAACGGUUCCUUGGUCCAACUCUUGCGUCUGCAAGCUACACUCCAACGCCAAGGACAUCAUCAUUGAUGUAGAUAACAAUUCCAUAGACAGAAAAGAUGAUAAGCUAGAAGGGUAUGAAUAUGAUUCCUUCUCAGACCUUGUGCUUCCACCAAUUGUGACCAAGCCUGCAAAAUUCGAUGUCUUGCUUAGUGAUGCUAAGAAGAAAGAAACCAAAACCAAAACCAAAUUGGGUGCACAAGAAGAACCAAACCUGAAGGGAUCUCUGAGAGUUAAAAUUAUGAAGGAAGACACUGCACCAAUGAAGGAACAAAAGAACACCCCUGGUAGGAGAUUCUCUGUGAGUUCUUCUCCAGGAGUGAGGCUUCGGAUGAACUCCCCGCGUAUUGCAAGCCGGAAAAUUCAGGCACAUGGCCGGAGAAGCGUGUCCGCAGCCAGCUCCGGCUCCCGGAGAAGCCUGUCGGAUAGCUUUGCAAUUGUGAAGUCAUCACUGAAUCCACAGAGGGAUUUCAGAGAAUCAAUGGUGGAGAUGAUUGUGCAGAACAACAUAAGGACAUCAAAGGAUUUGGAGGAUCUUCUUGCUUGCUAUCUUAGUCUUAAUUCAGAUGAGUAUCAUGACCUCAUUAUCAAUGUGUUCAAGCAAAUAUGGUUUGAUUUAACUGAUAAUUAG